CAAAAAUUAGUUUCAAAAUACCAAAUAUAUACUCUUGUAGCAAUAAUUAAAUGGCUUCCCUCUCCUCAUCCAGUGUAGCCACUGUGACUCGAGCUGUCCCAGCUCAAGCCACUAUGGUGGCUCCUUUCACCGGUCUAAAAGCAAACGUUGCUUUCCCGGUCACUAGAAAGGAGAAAAAUGAAUUUUCUUCCCUUCCUAGUAACGGUGGGAGAGUGCAAUGCAUGAAGGUGUGGCCACCACUUGGAUUGAAGAAAUACGAGACCCUUUCUUACCUCCCUCCUCUAUCUGAGGUGUCGUUGGCUAAGGAAAUCGACUACCUUUUAAGAAAUGGGUGGGUUCCUUGUUUGGAAUUCGAAGUUGAGCAUGGAUUCGUGUACCGUGAGAACCACAGGUCACCCGGGUACUAUGAUGGAAGAUACUGGACCAUGUGGAAGUUGCCCAUGUUCGGGUGCACUGACUCGAGCCAAGUCAUAAAGGAGCUCGAAGAAUGCAAGAAGGAGUACCCACAAGCCUGGAUCCGUAUCAUCGGAUUUGACAAUGUUCGUCAAGUCCAGUGCAUCAGUUUCAUUGCAUACAAGCCAUCAGGCUUCUAAGCAAGAAAUCAUCAAUUGUACUUUAUUAAUUUGGGCCUUUUGUUUUUUUUAGCGCGCAUUACAUCUUUUGUAAUGUUGUGUUAAUUGAUUGUCUCAAAUAAAUGGCAUAUAUAUAUGUGUACUUUUUUUCCUUUAAA